GUUUGUAUUGAAAAAUUUCAAUACCUGACUUGUUAUACUUCUAUAAUUGGAUUUUAACUAAAAUUAUGAUGGGUAUGGAAUGCAAAUAACAAAUGAAUAGGCAGUGUGUAUAUUUUUGGAAUGAGAUAUCUGGUGGUGACUUUGGACAAUAUCAUUAGUAAGACUUUGGGGACAGAUAAUUUUUUCGUGUAAUUAUAUAAAGCGUCGUGCAUGUUCAGUUUAUUCAGAAGAGCGAUGGACAUUCAAGCUAGGGAUAUGAAGAAAAAGGCCAAGCUUUUAAAAAAGCUGACCAUGUUUACAAUAUAUGAAGCGGACUGGUUUCAUUACUUCUAAAUAAAUGAGACAGACUUCAGUGAAUUUUCCACCUUAUUAUAUCGAAAUUAUGUAAUGUAUGAAGCAGAAGAAAUUUACUCCUUCAAGGGUAUCGACUGGGACAUCAGUAUCCCAGAAGUAUUUUAUAAAUGUACUGUUCGGCAAUAAAUAUACCCAGCAUGGAAUUAAAAUUGGGAAUAUAAAGCCAGAUCAGUGUAUUCAAGAGAAAAAAAUACCAUAUUCAGGAAAAGGACUUGAAGUUUGUCAGUCGGACCCGAGGCUUGUUGCUUUUCUGAAUGGUGUUAUUUUCAAAAAUGGGGAGUCAGUGAAAUUAUUGGAAAUCAAAUGUCUAUUCAUUGGUCAAAUUAUUUCUGCUGAAAAUACUGAGCACCAUUGCCAAUAUUUGAGAAAAUGAAAAGCCAGCUAAUUUGAAAGAAUGAAUAAACAUUAUGCUAGAGUCUGAUUAAGUAUGGCAAUUAUGAAUUUGAAAAAUUGCGACUCUAUAUAGUGUUCUCAUCUGGUGAUAAGUCGUUCAAAACUGUUAGUGAGCCAUUUGAUGAAGAAUUCACAAAAAAAUAAUUCUUAAAACUUGAAAUGAUUUAUUUUGAAAAUAUGCUUUACACAUUGUGUAGCAUGAAAGUUUAAAUUUUUCAAUUAGAAAGAUAUUUUUCCAAGCCUUAAUUGUACUGUUAUAAGACCAUCCAGAAUAGGAAAAGUUCCGAAUCAUACAUGUCUGAAGUUAUACAUGUUAUAACUUUCAGACUACUGAAAAAUUUGAGUCCAGUUGUUAUUAGUAAGAGAGUAAAGGAUUUGCUAUUGGAUCAUACAAUAUACAGGUUGAGUGAUUUUUUUAGGAAUCAUUUUUGUAAAUAUUAUUUGAUAAUUUGUAACUACAAACAUAUUUAUGUUUUCAUUACAAUGACUAUUAAUAUUAUUCAUUUAUAGUUUAAGAUUUUUUGAUUGACAAGCCAUGUAAACUUUUGAUGGUGUAUGUUUUUAUGGAUUUCUUGUGUGCAAA